CAUCGAGGACAACGCUAACCCUUAGCCUUCGCCUUCGAGACCAUCCUCAACAGGUCCUUGAUGGGACCAUUUACAGUGAGAAGAAGCAUGACCAUCCUCUCCUUUAAAAAGUCCCAUGGGCUAGUCUAGUGCGGUCCAUCACUGUGUCCAGACGGGACCAUGGAGCAAAAAAAAAAAUCCUCUUUGCUCAUGAACACAGACAAUGGCGAAACGUACUGUCGCACACUCUCCAAUUGCUAUGCUUACGGACAUUUGGCAGUAAAAACUGCCAGUGCAUGUAGAUGGCGGUGUCCAGCAAAAAAAGAUGGUCCAGCAUCGGUAGCGCUUUUAAUCGACAAUUGUAUUCUCGCAGGAAAUUUUGUGCGCCAGAGGAGAAAAGUGUGGGAAGAGACCUCGCUUGCAUCGAACCCUGUCUCAAGGAAGGAAGCGAGGGAUAGGUCGGACGAUGCCAUGCACACAGCCCUGUGCCGCACCUCCUGUUACAGUACAACUUUGGUCCUGUCCAGAAUCAGCGAGCCUUUUUUAUUUUCCUUCCGUAAACGUGCCUUUUUUUAUCCUGGUCUAGCACAUGGUCUCAUCCUGUUCAUCACCAUGUCCAUAGUCUUCACGGAUAUUUGACUGACUGAGUAUUCCUGUAAUCCAAGGACGAGUGGUUCCAAGCAAGUGAUGAAUAUGAACGAAAAGGGCAAGCUGGGAAAAGGAAGGGGUUGAAAACAAA